UACUAUAUCUUGACAUGUGAGGUAGUGUCCAAGGCUUCAGUAUCCAUUUAGAAUUCGGACGGCGGAGGGGAAGAAGCUGUUCCGGAACCACUGAGUGUGUGCAUUCAGGCUCCUGUUCCUCCUUCCUGAUGGUAAGAGUGAGAUGAGGUCAUACCUGGGUGCUGGAGGUCCUUAUUAAUGGACGCUGCCUUCCUGGGAAACUGCUCACUAGUAUUGUCCCGUGUACUUUGUAGGCGGACAAGAUUUAGAAGCAUUUGCAGUUUCUUUCGGUCCUGUGCCAGACAGUGAUGCAGCCUGUCAGAAUGCUCUCCACGGUACAACUACAGAAGUGUUUGAAUGCAUUUGCUGACCCGCCGAAUGUCUUCAAACUUGUAAUAAAAUUUAGCCGUUGUCUUGCCUUCUUUAUAACUACAACUUCACGUUGGGACCAGGUUAGAUCCUUAGAGAUCUUGACACCCAGGAACUCGAAGCAGCUCACUCUCUCCAGUUCUGAUCCCUCUAUGAAGUUUGGAAUGUUUCCUUCGUCUUACCCUUCCUGAAAUCCAGAAUGAGCUCUUCCGUCUUACUGACGGUGAGUGACAGGCUGUUGUCUACUUGCCAGAAGUCUGUCUGAUCAGCAGAAUUAUCUGAAACUGGAAUCUGAUGUUCUGUGACGAUAGUUGUCUUCUCAAAGAAGGUGAAAGCAUCACAAUGAAGCAGGGAGAGUCAGCAAAUACUUUGCCAGCUGAUCCGUGCUGAGCCAGUAAGAGAUUUAAAAUGUGCAUGGAGCCCGAUUCGACUUGUCGGCGGCCCUCAGUCAUCACAGGCAGUCGCUUGUUUUGAGGACAGCCAGCAAGAGGUUUAAAAAGUGGGCGGUCCCUUUGGGAAUUCUUUGCAGUCUUCCGUCAUUGUGAUUUAUUACUAGACUGGUAUAUGGUGGAAUUUAAGGUGGUGGGUGGUUAUAUGGGAGGCAGGGUUUGAGGGUCGGCACAACGUUGUGGGCCGAAGGAUCUGUAAUGUGCUGUACUAUUCUAUGUUCAAUGUUCUAUGUGCUAUGAUUAGGCAAUUUGCGAUGGCUAACAAAGAGUAGAUAGAUUUAACCGGGGCGGCCGUUAUGUGAGAGGGCCAGUGUGAGAGUGCAGGACAAUCCCUGUGUCAUUAAUAAUCCAGCUGAUAAAGAGAUCUAGACUUCGGCCCCUGCAACAACGCUUCAGGCACCGACACACCUCGCAGCGUGACACUUACACAUACUUCACCGUGACACCAACAUGUCCUUCACCAUCACACCAGAGUGACGAGAGUCACCUCUCACCUUGACACUGACACAUCCCUCACAGGAACACUGAAACAGCCUUUACCGUGACACCUACACGCUCCUCUCCAUGGCACGUACACGCUCCUCAGUGUGGUAUCGUCGCGUCCCUGACAACGAAAUGGCCAUAACCCUCAACGUGAUACCGACACUCCCCUCACUGUUGACCGACUCGCGAAUCAACGUGACACAGACACACACUUCACCAUCUCGCUCAGUGUUACAGAUCCGUCAGUCUCUGCUCGCCUCCGAUCAAAAGUACCUGAGACUUUGGGAGCAACAUCAGGAGAUGAACAGGACCCAGCGCCAAUGUCGACUGCAAAUCCACGAGCCGAACUCAACCCUUGAAUCGAUAACAUCAGAGAAUUCACGCCUGGAUCUCUCCCAGACCACCUGCCUGAAAAACAUUUCCGUCCUAAACAACAACGUCUCAAUCCGCGAAAACAAGUUCAAUCACCUCGAACUGAAGUGUAAAGCUCUCAACGAAGCCAAGGAUCAAAUCUGCCAACUGCUGACCAGCAGAAAAGAGAAAGCGUGUUCCCAGGACUGGAUCGGAAAUGCAGGCCUGUGUUAUUUCAUAUCCACGUUUGAAAGUUCUUACGAGCUGGCGAAGCAACUUUGUUCUAUCUCUGAAUCAAAGCUUCUUGAAAUAAGUUCAAACGAGGAAGAGGAUUUUGUUGACAGCGCUGUCCGCGGCGAAGACAGUUCAUACUGGAUUGGAACAUGCAAAACGGGGAAAGUCGCCUCUAACGUCGUGUACAAGGUGAACGCUGGAAAGUUCGAAUGCGGUGAAUGUAAAUCUCGUUGGCUUGGCAGUUGCAAAAAUGAUCAGCACCGUUUCAUUUGUGAGAAGCCUGUACCUUUGUGGCCGGAUGUUCCUGAAAAGAUCCGGGAUCUCUGUCAAAAUCCCGUGGAGCGUACUUAAAUCAAGUGGCAUCAUUCUCUUACCCCUAUUCCAGCUCUCUCCCCGAGUCUGACAACCCCAUCCGCUCUGCCCCUCGCCCCUACCCCAUUCUCCUCUCUCUACCUAUGGCACUCUUACUCGGCAUCUCGCUUGUGGAUCAGAACUGAGGGGAUGAUGAGUCUCAACGCCAGACUGUUGUCAGCCAACAGCAGCCUAACAUUGGUGAUGUAAUGUCCAGCGAGAGUUCGUCACAUUACAGCGGUCACGACUUUACUAAAGAGGGUGUCGACACAGGAUAGGAGGGGCUUCUCAAAGCAGCCAGUCACAGUAUCUGUGAGCGUCACUGGGCUGUUGUAGUUGAGGCAGGUCACCCUGCUCUUCUCGGGCACUUAAUCCCAGUAGGUGUGAGUGUCACUGGGCGAUUGUUGUUGAGGCAGGUCACCCUACUCUUCUCGGUCUCUGGUGUGAUAGUCGCCCUAUGGAAGCAGGUGGGAUAUUCCGACUGCAGCAGCAAGAGAUUGUGGAUGUCCUCGGACACUGCAGCCUCCGCUGCAGUCGCUCUCCUCUGCAUCACCUUAUCAAUUAUCCAAGCCCCUCCCAUUCUCCCUGUCUCCAUCAACCCCUUCAUCACCUACACCCCUCCACUUCUCCGUCCGUCCCUCCCUCUCCGAUGCCCUUUCUGCGAUAGUCGCAUCAUCCCCUACAGAAACGUGCUCUGUCACCUCCCCCCUCCCCACCCUCCAUAUCAAACGGCUCCCUGCUUGUGUUCAAAGCGAAUUGAGGGGACAAUGCGUAUCAAUCCCAGGAUCAUUCCCGCGAGCUUCAUUUCAAUCCUUUCCAAUGCAAGCACACCUGGCCGGUUUACAUAACGGACCAGAACGUAAAACUCGCCAGUGUUUUACAACACCCAAACUUCGCUUUUUUAUUGAAAUCAUCUUGUUAUGAAAGCUUCCUCGCCACCGACUCCACCUUUGAAUUAACAUUUAGGGAACGGUGUACGACGUCACCCGCGUCCCUAUGCGCCUCAGUUUAUUUUUUUUAAAUUUUCUCUCCACUUAGAAAAUAGUGUACGCCUUUAUUUCUUCGACCAAAUUGCGUGGCCAUACACAUCCCGCCACGGUAAUCCACCCGAGGCUUCUUUGUCCAUUCGCUCAAUCUCUCUGAACCCUUCUGUAGCCUCCCUGCUUCCUCAGUACCACCUGUAGAUCGGUGACGUCACUGCCGGUCUGCACUGACUGAGGUUUCCCGAUGAGGAUGUCCAUCAUCCAGUUACCCAGGGAGGUUCACUGGCCCAGGAUCUGGAGCUUGUAGAUCAGAACAGAGGAAAUGUUUAUGCUGAACGCCAACAGCAACCUGACGGUGGUUUUGUAAUAUCCCUCCUCAUUCCCUGCAGAAGCGCUGCUCCGUCACCCCCCUCCCCUCAAACACCCUCCUGCAUGUAAUCACAUGUAUUGUCUGUAUUGUCUAUUGUCUAUCCUAUUGUCUAUUGUCUAUUGGGAAUCAAGGGAUAUGGGGACAAGGCAGGGACUGGGUAUUGAUAGUGAAUGAUCAGCCAUGAUCACAGAAUGUCGGUGCAGACUCGAGGGGCCGAAUAGUCUACUUCUGCACCUAUUGUCUAUUGUCUAUUGUCUAUUGUAAUUGCGGGAAUAAUGGGGUAUUGAUCUCUCCGUUCUGAGCGUUUCUAGCCUUUCAGGCUGGUUGUGUGGUUUCUCAUCACCUCCUCCCAGUGGCUGCAAACUCAACACUUCUUCACUGCCCUCCCCCUCCUCCCAUUCUCCUAUUCCCUCUGCUCUAAAUCCGGUGGGUCACAAAUAACUGUCUCUGAGACAAACGCAGAAUUCGGUUAGGCGGGAUCGCCGUCUUCCUGGUGAUCGGUGAGAGAGGAGACAGGGAGCUUCGCCUUGUUUCUUGACGACGUCAGUGUGUUAUGGGACAAUACGGAUGAAGCUUCACUCUGUAUGAACAAACUAAUCAAGAAAUAAUGGUGCAGUGUUCCCUGAAGGUGGAAUCUCAUGUGGAUACGGUGGCGAAGAAAGCUUUUGGUAUGCUGGCCUUUAUAAAUCAGAACAUUGAGUAUAGGAGAUGGGAUGUAAUGUUAACAUUGUACAAGGCAUUCGUGAGGCCAAAUUUGGAGUAUUGUGUACAUUUCUGGUCACCGAAGAAUAGGUAGGAUGUCAACAAAAUAGAGAGAAUGCAGAUGAGAUUUACUAGAAUGUUACCUGGGUUUCAGCACCUAAGUUACAGAGGAAUAUUGAGCAAGUUAGGUAUUUUUUGUUUGUCGCGUAGAAGGGUGACGGGGGAGUUGAUAGAGGUAUUUAAAAUUAUGAUAGAGAUAGAUAGCGUUGGACUGGAUAGGCUUUUUUCUAUUAGAGAAGUGGAGAUUCAGGCAAGUGGACUUGAGUUGAGAGUUAAGGGGCAAAAGUUUAGGAGUAACUCGAGGGGGGACUUCUUUACCCAGAGAGUGGCAGCUGUGCGAAACGAGCUUCAGGUAGAAGUGGUAGAGCCAGAUUGGAUAUUGUCAUUAAAAAAAGAAUAGGUAUAUGGAAAGGAAAGGAAUGGAGGGUUAUGGGCUGAGUGCAGGUCGGUGGGACUAGGCGAGAGUAAGCGUUCGGCACAGACAAGAGGAGCCGAGUUGGCCUGUUUCCGUGCUGUAAUUAUUAUUGUUGUACGUGUCGGACCCCCGAUCGGGAGUGUUUGGACAGAGCUGAGUUUCUGUGUCUCUCUCCUUCACCUUCCCUCCCUCUCAUCCUCUCAAUAUAACCUCCAUCAUCCCACCUGCCUUCACUCUACCCCUCCAUCCUAUCCAAAUAUCCCUUCUCCUUUCCCCUUGCACCUGACUUGCAAUGGAGAAUGUGACCGAUCUCGACUGCGAUGAUAAAAAUAAUGACGGGAAUGUCCGGCCAUUUCACCUCCUGUCCAGUGGGCAGCGCCGUUCAGAACUGCCGGUCGGUUUGUUAUCAGAUGUCCGUCAGUUGCGACUCGAGUGCGGGCGGGAGAGAUUGGGAAAAAGAGGAAAGAUGAGUGUGAGGGUGGUGGAGAAAGGGAGAGGGAAGAGAGAAACAGAGCGCUGUGUGAGAAGGACAGUGAGAUCGAAAGGCAUAGGGAGAGAGUGGCUGGAGCUGGGGAGGGAGCAGAAGAGAGGAGCGAAAUUGAAGCAGGUUAGGGGAACUCAUGCAGGAAAGAGAGGGGAUAGUGAGGGGGAGGCAGUGUGCCAUACAGAGAGAAAGAAACGUGUAGACCGAGGGAAAUUGACUGGGAUUGCGACGGAAGUCAGAGAGAUAGAGAGAGAAGGACAGGAAAGGGAGGAGGAGAGAGGGGAAAGGACUGGGAGCGAAAGGGGAGGAAGUUUGGGAGAGCAAGAGUGAUGGGCAGAGAGAGAGAGAGAAGGUGAGAAUGGUGAUCUGGGCAGAGAUAGGGGUUCACUGACCAAAAAGAGGAUAGAGUGUUGCAGGUGAGUGGAAGGUGGGGAAAGAGAAGCGCGAGCGUGUUGGUGAUGGAGUAAAGAGAGAGGUAAAUAUGCGUACAGAUUAGAAGGGAGUAACAAACAAUGAUGAGCUUAUGAUCAAUGACCUUAUGGGUACCAUAUGUUGGCUGCUGUCCAGCCAAAAAGGGAACCUUACCCAGCAACAAGUGAUUUCCCAGACAUUGUUCCCUAAUAACGUUAGUCAGUUGUCCAUAUAAAGAAAUAUCUUGUCGCAGAAAGCAUUUUUGAGGUAUAACAUAACUAAAUAGGGGAAGGACAGCGCAGGGGGUUGGUAAAAAUUUGGAGAGUAGGGGGAGGUGUCAACAUAAGGAAAUGAGAUUAUAUCCAAGCUCACCUUGGCUGAAAUAAUUAUAACGAACCAAUAAUGAUUUUAAAACUAAUUGCAUCUUAGCAUGUGAUCGAAACUAUUCUAAGACUGUAUUAACUCGCGUAAUUAUAAUAUUCCCUGCUAUGAUCAACGUUAUAAAUUAUGUGGAAUUGUGUGCGAGGGGAGGGAAGUGUACUGACUGUCUCUUUGGGAGAUCAGUCUGUAACUCCCACCACCCCCCCCACCCCGCCAUGAAUAAAGAGUGAAGUUUGUUGAAGUAUCGC